GUGUCGCUGUCAUUUUGGUUCGUGUGGAAUAAAUCAGCGUUAAGUUUCAAAAACUAUGCUGAAGAAUACAACUAAACCAAAUAAUAAAAACUUUGUUAGAGUUUGACAUUUAAAUUCAUUUUAAUUUCGUAAAUAAUGCUUACAGAUGAUACUAAUUAUGGUCGUAUCAUUGUUUUAAAGCCUUUAAACGACCUUGUUACAGCCCCGAAUGAGGCUUAAGUGACUGAAGGACAAUGUUAGGAGAAAUGAUGCAGAGAGCUUUCACACAGGCAGUGAGAUUUUCUUCGGCUCUGCAGUGUCCAGUCCUACAUUCAUACAGAUGGCUGCACACGAACCCUGCGCUCUUUGCUGGACAUAACAAAUGGUCCAAAGUAAAGGACAUUAAAAUACCUAAAGAUGCUGCUCGAGCCCGGUUGAUCGCCAAGUACACCAUGAUGAUUCGGAUCGCAGUCAGAGAGGGAGGACCCAAUCCAGAAUUUAACAUUGGCUUGGCACAACUUUUGGAACAGUGCCGGAACAAGAAUUUCCCGAAAGCCACUGUAGAAGGAGCAAUAAAAGGAGCUAAGUCUAAACCAGGAAUGCAGCAUCUCUAUGAGGCCACAGGUCCAGGUGGCUGCACGUUACUUAUCGAGAUUUUGACUGACAACAACACACGAUCCCAUCAAGAAAUAAAGCGUAUCAUGACUAAACAUGGUGGGGCGCUAUGUGAAGGAGGACGUCGUAACUUUGACAGGAAAGGUGUUGUGUCAGCAUCCAGAGAUGACAUUACUUUUGAAAAAGCUCUAGAUUUAGCCAUUGAGGCAGGUGCUGAAGAUGUACAGGAGACUGAGGAUGAGGAGGAGAGACCUAUACUACAGUUUAUUUGUGAUAUGGCGUCAAUGAAGGCUGUUCGGAGCGCUCUAGAAAGUCUGGGGGUUCACACACUUUCAUCCGGUAUGGAGUUUAUUUCUCACACGCCAUCUCUCUUGAAUCAGACUCAGUUGGAGACAGCAUCAUCCCUGCUGGAGGCUCUCAAUGACAGCCCUGAUGUGGUUCGAGUGUGGGAUAACAUCCAGGCACAGAAUUAGCACUCACAGGAAGGGAUGUGAUUGAUAUACAGUACAGAAGGAUUCACAGAUGGAUGGACUGAUCAUAGAUCCACCUGCUUAAAGAGCCUUAAUAUAUCAGAAACUGACUUUUUUAUGCAUAAUGUCUCACUGGACUCUGACAAUAUACCCAUUAUCGGUUAAGACCGUCGGUAAAGACGUUUUAUUCAUGGAUAUAAAAAUGUGCAGAGAUCAAAAAUGUGUGUUCAAAAGAAUAAAAAAACUCAUACCAACCAAUAAAAAAAGACACACAGGACAAAAAUUUCCCAGAUAUUUAAUACUCAGAUAACUACUCAGAUUCAAAAUUUAAAUUCGGGUACUUUUCUGUUUUUAUUUAGGUUUUUGAUGGUGCACUGUGCAUGUGUUUUGAUAUGGUUAAAAUAUGACCUCAAAUAUCGCCUGUGAAUAAAAAAAGAUUUUCAAAGAACCUUUAGAGGAAUCUUUAACAUAUUGGGCCCUAUUUUAAGGAUCUGAGCGCAUGGUCUAAAGCACGUGGUGCAAGUGCACUUAGGGUGUUUCCGAAUCCACUUUUGUUAGUUUAGCGACAGGAAAAAUGGUUUGUGCGCCUGCCACACAGUCUCAAAAGGUUGUUCAUAUUUUCGUAAUGAGUAAUGGGUGUGUUUUGGGUGUAACGUACAAUAAACCAUUGGGAGUCUCAUCACCCAUCCCCUUUAAAACCCAGUUGCGCUUGCCCAUGCCGAUUCCCUUUUUACAUGGCAGAGUUUAUAUGUGGAAAAACUAUAAGCAGAGGAAGGCCACCACUUUAAGAUUGAUGUUGAAAAUUGCGUUGUGUUUUAUUUAUUGAAAUGGUUAUUUGUAUAAAUAAAGCUUUGGUUCUCUUUAAAAGUCGUUCUUUCAGUCCUGGACUUUUAAGUAAAAUAAGAUGAUAAAGUAUG